CUUUUGACCAGAAUGCUUUCAGUGGGACGUGAGUACACGGAGUUCACCUCUUCAUAUUACUACUCUAAGCUUUUGUGACAUAAUUUUUAUUUUCAAUUUGUUUUAUCAUGCUAUUAUUGAUAAAAAUACAAUUUAUAUUUUUUUUUUUAUCUGGAUAGUAAGUUGUAACUUGUCACUUUUGAUAGUUCAGACUUAAAAUUGUGUAUAGGAGGUAAAUAGUGCAAUAAUCGUGGAUAAUGUAUUAGUAUCUGAGCUGUUCCAGAAUAUUUAUUAUAUAAAAAAAACAAUCAUUAGAUCGGUUUGAACAUUAUUAUUGGCAUGGAUAGAAGAAAAAUCAUAUUAGAUAUGACACAGUCCAUUGAAAACGAACCAAACGGAGUUCAAAUUCAUAAUACUAGUAUCAAUGAAAAUGGAUUAAUGAAUACUUUUCAGGAUAAUGAUUCUGACCAUAUUUGGCAAGAAUGUUACGAUGAUGUAUCUGGAUUUAUAUAUUACUGGAAUACACAAACUAAUAAAGUGACAUGGGAGAAACCUGAGUAUUAUGCUGCCCAUACCGUUAACAACGAAGAUAACUUGAAUGGAACCACCAAUUCUAGAAAAAGAUUAUCAAGUGAAGCAUUACCUGUACUAGACCCUACUUCAUGUAAAAGUGCUAAGAAACCUAAACAAGAAUCUAAAAAACUAAGUGCACUAGUUGAUUACGGUAGUGAUUCCAGUGAUGAUGAAAAAGAGGAUGAACUGGUGCAAAAAUCUACAAUAUUAAAGAGAUUACAGCAAAAAGCUGAGAUGUUUAAACAAAAAGAAAAGGAAAUUAGUUGUAUAAAAAUAACAGAAAACGUAAUUGAAUCAAAAAGUCCAACCGAUAUAAUUGAUAUUAUUGGAACAGAGAUACCUCCUGAUAAUAUAAUAAAUGAAUCUGAAACAAAAAAAUCUUUAGAAAAUAAAUCAUCUGGUGAUAUUUUUGACAUUUUAAAUAGUGAAGUUCCUCCAGAUUACGUAGAUCAAAUAAGUACAAGUCCUAAAAGUACAUCACCAGAUUUGAAAACGACUAAUAAACAAUCAAUUAAGCUUCUCGAGAGUAAUAUAAGUUCAUUAACCAAUCUAAAUAAUGAACCCAAGUUAGAGGCUAAAGAAAAUACGAUUAAACCAUUCAGUUUGAUUGCAAAUUAUGGUGAAGAUAAUGAACAAGAUGAUGGAACAAAUAGUUUAAAUGAAAAAAAGUUGUUGUACAGUCAUGACCCUUGUGCCAAUAUCAAAACGGGAUUUGGUUAUUCAGCUCCAACUAAGCCUAAUAACGGAGGUUCAAUCAGUUUUGUUAAAGGUGAAACAAUAAAUUUGCCAAGUAGUCCAAAAUUUGUCAAAACGAAUUCUUUGGCAAAACAAUCAACUAUAUUAUGUGAUUUAAAUAUAGAUAAAAACCACAUUCAAGAAUUAUCUUUAUUAAUCUCAUCCAAAUUACAUUUUUUAUCAGACUGUGAAAACAAUACAAAAUUAUCCACUGUUCAAAUCAUGACUGUUAAAAUUGAUACAUUAAUGGAAGCUUGGAAAGAAAAUGCAUUAAAUGAUGAUUAUUUUUCAAAAUGGCUCGAUGAAAUGGCAAUUGAAUUGAGAACUUUAGAAAAAUCUGUUGUGCCCGAUGGUUGGUCGUGUCAGUGGGACAAAACUAACACGAGGUAUUAUUAUCAAAACAUUGCUGAUGGCCAUACACAAUGGCAUUAUCCAGUUGAGGAAACUGAGAUUACUCAGUCAUCAACUGGGGCGGCUAAAGAUUGUACACCUCCUCCAACCAAUUGUUCCGAACCGGAUACUAGCCACCCUGAACCCGAAGAUAUGGAUAUCGAAGAUGAUAGCCAUAAAGAAGGAACAGAAAUAAUAGUUCCGCCGGUUCCUGGUGAUGAGUUAUCUUAUGAAUUAAAUUCAUUUUAUGCCGAUAUUGCUCAGUUUGAAUCAAAACCACCCAGUCAACCAGAAACAAUAGUUCAAACACCUGAUGUAGAAAUAGUUCCUCGUGCGAAAAUAACUUCUAAUCCAGUUGUAAGUGUAGAAGAAGACAAAGAAGUGAUCAAACCAAAAAAAAAGAAAAAAGUCGGAAAAUUAGAUGUAGGUCUUGGACUAAAACACAAGCAUGUUUCAUCACUGGUGCAAAAAUGGCAACAAAUUCAAAACGAAAUCAAAUGACGUAUUUUUCUCAUAGUAUUAAUUUCAACCCUAUUACUAGUGACUGUGUAAAAAAUUCUAUAUCAUAUUUCCAUGUGUUGUGUAAAUAGUGUAACUAUAUUUUUAUUAUA